AUGUUGGUCACACGAGGUUUUGGAACAUGCGUUGCAUUUGCCUGCAGCUGGGGGCUGGGCCGCGUCGCCGCUCAGCAGUUUGACCCAAACGUGGGCAGCUCUGGCGUCUCGUGGGAUCCCGCCAGCGUGGGCACAAACAAGAGCACCAAUGCGACGUAUUCCAACCCCGUCAUGACGGUCAACGUCGGCGACCCCUUCAUCACCCGCUAUACCGCCGACGAUGGGGAUUGGUACCUGUUUACCUAUACCACCAACGACAAUGUCACUUUGCGUCGUAGUCGAUUCCUUACCGACAAUUGGGAUGAGAUUGAGACCAGAACCGUCUUUACUCCUGAUCCGGUCGAAGAUAAAGGCCAACCAUGGUCUACUUCCAUCUGGGCUCCAGAGAUUCACAAUAUCUCAGGAACUUGGUACAUAAUAUUCACUGCCACGCCUGAUACAGACAAUCCACCACCAUUGCAAGAUGCUAUGUGUCCAUUCAGUUGCCCUGCCGUCAACCAUCGAAUGUUUGUUCUCGAGGGCGGCGGUCCUGACCCGUGGACCGCCAACUUCACCCUGAAGAGCAUGCUCAACACGUAUGAUCAAUUUGCCAUUGACGGAACCUAUUUUUCUUUCGAGGGUAAAUUGUAUCACAUCUACUCGUGCUGGGAAAAUGCAUAUUCUGGCUGGCCUGCAAAUCUGUGUAUCACGGCAAUGUCUGAUCCAUGGACAAUUUCGUCAAACCUUAGUGACCGUCGAAUGAUCAGCGUUCCAAACCAACCAUGGGAGCAGGUCCCAUACGGUCGUCCCACCCGCCUCGCGACCAAUGAGGGCCCACAACAGCUCACCAAUCCAAAGACGGGCCAAAACUUUGUGAUAUACUCGGCGGCCAGAGUCAACACGCCCUUUUACUGCCUCGGCAUGCUGGAGCUGGUGGGCAACGACCCCAUGGAAUACCAGUCGUGGCGAAAGCACACGGAAGGCUGCGUCUUUCACCAAAACACCAAGACCGGCAUCUACGGCACCGGCCACGCCAGCUUCACCACGUCGCCCGACGGCUCCGAGGACUACGUUGUGUACCACGCCCAGACGACGCCGAACCCGGCGGCCGACUUGUACCGGACAACAAGGAUACAAAAGUUCACUUGGAAUGAUGAUGGAACGCCCAACUUUCCAUUGGCAGAAAACGGCCCGUUCAAUGUCCCGGCAGGGCAGCAAGCUUUGACUUUGUAG